ACAGAUCGUCCUCCACCUGCAAGCGCUCUCUGCAAAGCGAGCAGAGGUGAAAGCCUUGUGGUUUUUGCACACCGACCAUUUUGCAGUGGUGAAAUUUCCAGUUAAGACCCAACCAUCAUAAUAAACAAGCCCCUCUCCAGACAGAGUGCCAGUUCUGUACCAGAUCGUUCAGAUCGUCCUCCACCUGCAGCCGAGCUGAGAGCAAUGGAUCGUGGGUACUACUCUGAACCUCACCCUGUUGAGACCGUCCCACUGCAGGACAGACAUCAAGUGUCCCCUGGACAGCCUGCGGGUCCCACAGGAGGUCAGCACAUCGUAGUGAACGUCCCCACUGAGCCUCCAGCAGAUUAUCUGGUCUGGUCGCUGUGGAACUUCAUCUACGGAAAUAUUUGCUGCCUUGGAUUCGUGGCUGUGGUUUAUUCUGUCAGGGCCAGAGACAGGAAGCUGGUUGGAGAUCAGGAAGGAGCCAGACGUCACGCCUCCAUCGCUCGCGCUCUCAACAUCACAGCGACCGUCCUGAUGUCUCUACUCGUCUUUCUCGCCAUCGUUGUGCCCACUGCUAUGAUAGCACAAGGAGCAAGAAAUUACAGUGAAUAUAACAGAAAUAUAAAUCACAAUAAUGGAUAUAACAGAUUCAGAAAUUACAACUAUCGUUACUAAGUAACUUUUGUGAGGUAUGAGGGGUUUUCAAACACCAUGACUCGUCUUAUUCUCUGUUUGUAUUUCAAAUUAAACUGUAACAGUUGUAAUAGUAGUGAGAUCUGAGGAAACAAAGAAGAAUCUCAUUUGAAUAAAGUUCACCUGCUUAAAAUCUGCAAUGUGUGUUUUAGCUGCGAUGAAUGAAAAGCUUGCAUCAUGAUGAUGAUAAAAACAAUCCUGUUCUCUG